AGAAAUACAGAAAUUUAUGGUACAGAGUUUCUCUCUUUCUCUCUCUCUCUCUCUCUCUCUCUCUCUCCCCCUAUUUUUUCCUUUUUUUUCGAAAGCGCGUUUCAAUUGGGCGAUUUUGGGCGAUACGAGAGCCCUCUAUCGGCGACAACGUCAAGUAUCUGGCAACCCUCAGACUCCGCUCAUUAUUUCGGGAGGCGGUGGAAGGUGGAAGGCGGGAGCCAAUAACCAGAGAAGUGUCGACUGUCUCCUGAAAGGAAAGUAGUUUAUGUUACACUGUGUCUGACUGUGUUCUUGUUGGAAAACACCAGAAGUGAUGAUCUGUUGAAAGGUUUUUCUCUCAUCCUCAAAUUGCUCGUGAUGUCGAUCAGGCCACUAUGGCCCGAUCUGCGACCACGGGCGACUGAUCCGUUGUGGUUCAACGCCGAUAAACCAUGCGAUGACGAGAGCGAGGUCGCCGCUCUCGAAGCGGAGCAUCAGGCCUGGAGAGAUCACGUGCGGGUGCAGGGCUACGAGCACAUUCCAAUCGGGAAGACUGUGAGUGAUUUCAGAGGAUCGGAGGGAGAGGAAGAGGAAGAGGAGGAGGAGGAGGGUGAGGGUGAAGAGGAAGACGAGUCGGACACCCACGAGGAAGAGGAGGAGGAGCUCGACGAGAUCGACAUGGAAGUCAGUUAUUCCCAUCAUCCGCAGAGGUCUAGUCCGACGGACACAGUGACCGCUCCCGUAUCCAUCCGGAUGGUCAACGCAUCGAAUUUAACUCGUUAUUCUUAAUUUUUUUAUAUUGAUUCGGUUGUACAUAUCUGUGAUCGCGAGUCUCGUAUAAUUAUUUCUAGUGAAGUAACAUAUUUUAUUAAAAUAAAUUAAGUUAAUUAAGUUUUGUGACUAAUAUAAUUUUAAUGCGAAUUAUUUAUAAUUCUAUAGCUUGAUGGUAUUAAUGAUGUAAACAUUCUAAACGAAUAAAGGUCUAUAUCGGUUUUC